AUGUUAUACUUCCCACAGGAAAUUAGUACGUUUGUGGAUCUGUUACGACAGAAACGCAAGGCACCGGACAUCCGCUAUCUGACUGAUCUGUGCGAGUCUCACGGGAAGGCGAUUGCACUCACACAGGAGAUCAUCUGUAGUCAGGUGCUCUCAAGCAAGAACAAGGACAUCUUUAUGACCACACGGCUGAAAAAUGGGACUGUGUGGGUCAAUUGGGUGGACCACGAUGGAGCGGCUAGGCGAGAGACUCUCAGAGACUUCUGUGUCAAUUCUAAGACAUCUCCCGCGGACAUGUACGGGCACUUGCCAAGCCAGCCUCUGCAGCAGAAUAGCUUGGCAUUGGAAAAGUCGGCGUUGAUGGAUGGUGACUAUCAUCUAUUGGAUAACAGCUUAUGCUGA